UCUCGGGUCCGGGCAGGAGCGGUUUGCGCGGCGAGGAGCAGAGCGGCGGGAACCCAGAAAGCUGCUCCGCAUAGGAGCUGCUGCCCGAACUCAAGAUGGCGGCCCCGGGCGGGCGUGGCCAGUGACUGGGAGGCGAGGCGGCGAGUGACCAUGGCGGCUGUCGACGAGCGGAGUCUGGAGGACGAAGAAGAGGAGGACGAGGAGCAGUUGGUUCUGGUGGAGUUAUCAGGAAUCAUUGAUUCAGACUUUCUCUCAAAAUGUGAAAACAAAUGUAAGAUUUUGGGCAUUGACACUGAAAGGCCCAUUCUGCAAGUGGACAGUUGUGUCUUUGCUGGGGAGUAUGAAGACACUCUUGGGACCUGUGUUAUAUUUGAAGAAAAUGUUGAACAUGCUGAUACAGAAGGCAGUAAUAAAACAGUGCUAAAAUAUAAAUGCCAUACCAUGAAGAAGCUCAGCAUGACAAGAACUCUGCUGACUGAGAAGAAGGAAGGAGAAGAAAACAUAGGUGGGGUGGAAUGGCUGCAAAUAAAGGAUAAUGAUUUCUCCUACCGACCCAACAUGAUCUGUAGCUUUCUACAUGAAAAUGAUGACGAAGAAGUGGUAGCUUCAGCCCCAGAUAAACCUUUGGAAUCGGAAGAGGAAGAGAUUCAAAUGAAAGACAAUUCAAACCUGAGUUGUGAGCAGGAGAAACCACUGCACUUGGAAAUAGAAGAUUCUGGUACUCUUAUUGAUAUACCUUCUGAGACAGAAGGUUCUAUUUUUAUGGAAACUCAAAUGCUGCCGUAGAAAUCUGUCCUAGAUGAAAUGUUUCUGCUAAUAACUUGUCAAGUACUUUUUAGAAUUCUUACAUAAAAAUAAUUGCUGUGUA